AUGCAAAAAAUGUGGAAAGAAUUAUCACUAAAGCAAAAUCCCCAUAAAAAUUAUCCUCCAAGUCAUAUACAUAAAAAUGGGGACGACAGACUAGCCGACCUUAAAACCCAUUUUAUUCAACACUGACAGGCAACAGCUCAGUGUGAAGGGGGAAGAGUAGAAGAGGCCAGCAAUCCUUUAUGUAUAUCAGGCUAGAUUACCACUAGACCCGCUGGGGACUUGGUUUAUACCUCCGGGCCCAUUAUUGGAAAGGGGGAUCAACAGAAGUCCAAAAUGAUGAUAAGUCCCUCUAGUAAGGUAGUAUAUGCGAAUUCCUUGCCUGCGUUUUACCGCUAACGUUAAUAUAUCCUCCUAAUUCUGAAAAUAGGAGAGAAUUCUUAUAUCAAGAAACCCAUCCCAACUUUAACUCAUACCAGACAUAUAGAGAAGAAGCCAGAUACCCCCGUAUUCAAACAUAUAAGCAAGAUCCAGCAACAUUUAUGCCAGAUUUGCCACAAAAAGAGUCCCAGAUUAGUGUGGUAAAAUGCAGCUCUAAUUGAUGUAAUAAAAACGCAACAGCCUGAUGCCGCUGUAAAAAUCAAUACUUGCAUUUCUGUGCUGAGGAUUUAGAAAACCACAUUAUAAAUUCUCCUGGAAAUCAUAACUUUCAAAAAUUACUUGAUGGCUCAAAUAUACAAACCAAUAGUGAUUUUUUGCUUUAUAUGCAAUAUAAAAUAUAGUCUAUUUAAUAUUUUAAUAGAUAUAAUUAUCAUUUAAACGUUUUUUUGCAGCCAAAUGUUUUAUUUUUUACAUUUUAAUAUACCAGAUAUAAUUUUGCAAUCCAAGGACGCUAAUAAAAUACGUAAUGCCUUGUGCAACUCCUGAGAGAUUUAAAGGAAAAAUUAGUGAAUAAAAUCUAUGCUGAGAUAUGCAAAUUAGAAAAUAGCUUACUAUAUUAUAAGUUAGCUGUAUAAGUUUUUAUAGAAAAUAUAUUGUAAUUAUUUGGCUGCUUAUAGAUUCUUUGGCUUUUUUUACUAUUUCUAUUUGAUUUUAUAAGAGGUGAAUAAUGACUUUUAUUGAAAAAAUUGACCAAGAAAUUGCUUCAUUUGCAUUAAAAUUUAGUCAAACUACUCAAGAGCUUGAAAGCUGCUACUGGUACAAAAAUGACGAUUAUUUUAAUCAGCUACCAGAUGAAGUAUUUGAAUUUAUCAAAGAAAAUCAGAAAACGUCUAUUUCUGAAGCUUCAUGUGAAACAAUAAUAUCAGAAAUUUAUAAAGAGCUAGGUUGGGUUAAAAAUGCAGGAUUUCAAGAGAUAUCCAGCAAAAAUGAAUAUGAAAUGACUAAUCCAAGGUUCCAACCUGAUUUAAAGACCUCAAACAGUUUAAAUUUGAGGCAGCAAUAUCAACAGCCAUACGCAUUUCCUCAAUAUAAUCAAAUAAUCACACCUCAACAGUAUCAACAGCCAUUCAAGCCUUAUGAGGAUCGACAGCCACGCAUAAAUCCUUAUGAUAAUACAAAAACAUAUUCUUCGAUUCGUGAAACUGCAACAUUCAAAUCAGAAUGAAUAUAA